AUGAAUACAAUCGGAGUGUCACUGUUUCCCACUUUUCCGCCUUCACUUAUCGAACAGGUUGUCCUCUAUCCUGGCUUCUGCGUCCGCCGAAAUUUCCGCUGGGAAGAUCUCCCGAGAACUGUGAAGGUGUACUCAGAGAUGCGAUUGUUCGACGGCUCGGGCUGGUGUCCGACAGAAGGUGAAGAUGCAUACACUCGCCUGGGUGUUGCUCCGGGGAGGAGAGCUAUGGCGGUCGUGCGGCCUGACAGGUAUGUUGGGGCCAUGGCGGAAUUGGGGGAUGUGGGGACAGUAGCGUCGCACCUGGCGCGGUUUGUGAAAAGGUAG